CCGGAUUCAUAUUUUUUUUUCUUCUUUUUCUUUUUCUUUUUCUUUUUUUCUCUACACUUCUUUCAAUAAAAAACUAUAUCAUGUCUGACUUUGCUAUUCCCACCAAUCUCCAUGCUAAUGGUGAACAAGCUACUGAUAACUCUAACAACAAGUUCAUGAUCAAGGCUGGUUUGGCUCAAAUGUUGAAGGGUGGUGUCAUUAUGGAUGUCAUUGAUGCUGAACAAGCUCGUAUUGCUGAAGAAGCUGGUGCCUGUGCUGUUAUGGCUUUGGAACGUGUACCUGCUGAUAUCCGUAAGAAUGGUGGCGUUGCUCGUAUGUCAGACCCCAAGAUGAUCAAAGAAAUCAUUGAAGCUGUGACCAUCCCGGUGAUGGCCAAGGUACGUAUUGGUCACUUUGUGGAAGCCCAAAUCAUCCAAUCCAUUGGUGUUGAUUAUAUUGAUGAAUCUGAAGUGUUGACACCUGCUGAUGAAUCCAACCAUAUCUUGAAACACAACUUUGAUGUACCUUAUGUCUGUGGUGCCAAGAAUCUUGGUGAAGCUUUACGUCGUAUUAGUGAAGGUGCUGCCAUGAUCCGUACCAAAGGUGAAGCUGGUACUGGUAAUGUGGUUGAAGCUGUACGUCAUAUUCGUACUGUGAAUGCUGAAAUCCGUCGUGCUGCCUCCAUGUCCGAUGAAGAACUCUAUGCCUAUGCCAAGGAUCUCCAAGCUCCUUUCCAUUUACUCAAGGAAACCGCUCGUUUGGGUCGUUUGCCCGUCGUCAACUUUGCUGCUGGUGGUGUGGCUACGCCUGCUGAUGCUGCUUUGAUGAUGCAAUUGGGUUGUGAUGGUGUCUUUGUUGGUUCUGGUAUUUUCAAAUCUGGCGAUCCUGCUAAACGUGCCAAGGCCAUUGUUCAAGCCGUCACUCAUUACAAGGAUCCCAAGGUAUUGGCCGAAGUUUCUGAAGAUCUUGGUGAAGCUAUGGUUGGUAUCAAUUUGGAUGAACUUUCUGAAGAUCAAAAGUUGUCUAAGCGUGGUUGGUAAAGGAUUAAGUUAUAUAGUAUCAAGGAAGUCUUCUUUUUUUUAUUAGUGUGUUUCUUGGAUCAUAUUUUUCUUUUAGUAUAUAGUAUUUUUUUUAUUAUUAUUAUUUAUCAUUAGUUGUAUUUAUCAUUUUCUUUUUAUUUUGACAAUAUCAGGGAUUUUGAUGGAUUUUUUUUUUCAUCAUUAUUAUAUUAGAACAGAAAAAAAAAACUCAAUAAACAUUAUCAUACAUAUAUAUAUUUCUCAAUAACUAGUUGAAUGGUUUGAUUAUCAAAUCAACAUAUGUUUUCUUUUUU